AUGCAGGACCUCAUCGACCAUUUACCCAAACUACCUGAAAUCCAACAACAAAAACUCACUAUUCCUGAAUUCGAUGAAAUAGAAGUGAAACCAACUGACUCAGUAGAAAUAAAGAAGUUCAUACGAAAGGUAAACUAUGAGUUUCUAGGAUUUCAUUGCAACCAUAAGGUUAUGGACAAAGAUUGCGACAUGGUAUAUAAGAAUGUUUCUGACAUAUAUAAAUCUGAAGAAUUUAAGACCUACGACAACUUUGUUUCGUUAGUUGCUGAAUGUGUAUGGCAGAUAAGAGAUGAAGAUAGAAGAAGUAAAGUAUGGAACAAACAAAUAAGACCCGCUAUGUUUGAGAUGAAGAGAGCAAUUGACGCUUUAGUUGUUUUAGCAGGUAAGGUUUCAGAAUAUAACGCAAAAAUGAACCCGCAAUGUUCUAAAUGUAAAGCAGCAAUGAGGAAAUAUAACUACUCCGUCAAAGAGAUAGAACGUAUGAGAAACGACUAUGCAGACUUAAAGAAAGAAGCAGAAAAACCAGCAGAAGAUAAAAUGGACAUGUUAGAAUUUCUGAACAAAAACUAUCCAACUGCUGACGAUUUCCUUCUAUCUGAUGUCAAGAAGAAAUAUAAAGAGACUUUCGGCAUAGUUAAAACAUUCGAUGUACUAAAAGAAGAAAUAGAGGCUACAAAACUGUUUAAAGUCUCACGAAUUCAUAACGUUUACCAUGUAAAACGCUUAUAA